GAACCCCCAAUAUUCUCUUUUCCCUCCGAACCGCCCUACGUUUCAAAAUCCCCAAUUCCCAUUCCCAACCCCUUCCUUUAUAUUUUACCCUCAACAAACAACUCAUCCCUCUUCACUUUACACCCUACCAUCCACCAUCAUCAAUGAGGUUUUUCAGCAGAGCUUCCGAUGAUUCAUCCACUCAACCGCCGCCGACGGCAUCUCCCUCACCAUCUGUUGCUUCUUCAUCCACCGCCGUAGCCCCCGGUCCGGCGAGACCUAUCCGCCUCGUCUACUGUGACGAGAAAGGAAAGUUCCAGAUGGAUCCAGAAGCGGUUUCUGUUCUUCAGCUUGUUAAAGAACCCGUUGGCAUCGUUUCAGUUUGCGGCCGUGCUCGUCAGGGCAAGAGUUUUAUUCUUAAUCAGCUUCUUGGAAGGAGUAGCGGAUUCCAGGUGGCAGCAACUCAUCGCCCAUGUACAAAAGGGCUUUGGCUUUGGAGUACUCCUAUAAAGAGAACAGCUCUUGAUGGAACUGAAUACAGCCUAUUACUAUUAGACACCGAAGGAAUAGAUGCUUAUGAUCAAACGGGAACCUAUAGCACCCAGAUCUUCUCUCUAGCUGUCCUCUUAUCAAGCAUGUUCAUAUAUAAUCAGAUGGGAGGUAUUGAUGAGGCUGCACUUGAUCGCCUCUCUCUUGUUACGGAAAUGACUAAGCAUAUUCGUGUAAGAGCCUCUGGUGGAAAGACUACAGCUUCUGAACUCGGCCAGUUCUCCCCAAUUUUUGUCUGGCUUUUAAGGGACUUUUAUUUGGAUUUAGCUGAGGACAAUAGGAAAAUAACUCCUCGUGAUUAUCUAGAGCUUGCAUUGAGGCCUGUUACUGGUGGUGUAAGAGACGUUGCUGCCAAGAAUGAGAUUCGAGAAUCGAUCCGAGCUCUUUUCCCUGAUAGAGAUUGCUUCACUCUUGUUAGACCUUUGAACAACGAGAACGAACUACAGCGUCUUGAUCAAAUUCCGUUGGACAGUAUGAGGCCUGAGUUUAAAUCAGGACUGGAUGCUUUAACAAGGUUUGUUUUUGAACGGACCAAGCCCAAACAAGUUGGGUCUGCUGUUAUGACCGGGCCCAUUUUUGCCCGUAUCACUCAGUCCUUUCUAGAUGCUCUUAAUAACGGUGCAGUGCCUACUAUAACCUCCUCAUGGCAGAGUGUGGAAGAAGCAGAAUGUGAAAGGGCAUAUGAAUCGGCUACUGAGCUCUAUGUGUCUAUCUUUGACCGCACAAUUCCGCCUGAAGAAGCUGCUAUGAGAGAAGCACACGAAGAUGCUGUUCAAAAAGUGGUGGCAAAUUUCAAUAGCAUUGCAGUGGGAGCUGGUUCUGCUAGACAAAAAUAUGAAAAACGUUUACAUUUAUUUUUGAAAAAGGCUUUUGAGGAUUAUAAACGGAAUGCCUUUAGGGAGGCCUACUUGCAAUGUUCAAAUGCCAUACAAAGCAUGGAAAAGAAACUAAGAAAAACUUGUCAGGCCCCUUCUACAAAAUUAGAGGACGUUCUGAAGGUUCUCGAUCAGCUUGUAUCAGAGUAUGAAGCAACCUCACAUGGUCCAGAAAAGUGGCAGAAACUAACUUCAUUCUUACGCCAAAGUUUGGAAGGUCCGCUUCUUGAUCUUGUAAAGAAACAAAUAGAUCAUAUCACAUCAGAAAAAAGUUCUCUUCAUCUAAAAUGUCGAUCAAUCGAAGACAAAAUGGAGUUACUUGGCAAGCAACUAGAAGCCAGCGAGAAAUACAAAUCAGAUUACUUAAAACGCUACGAAGACGCAAUCAACGAUAAGAACAAACUCACGCAAGAUUACACGAGCCGUAUAACAAAUCUUCAGAAAAACUCAACCUCAUUAGAUGAAAGAUGCACCAGUUUAUCAAAAACAUUAGAAGCUACUAAACACGAGUCAUUGGAAUGGAAACGACAAUAUGAAGUUUGUUUAGGUAAACAAAAGGCUAUAGAAGACAAAGUUGGGUCUGAAGUAGCCAAUCUUAAGGCCCGAAGCAGUGCCGCUGAGGUCCGUUUGGCUGCUGCGCAUGAACAAAUCAUGUCGGCUCAAGAAGAGGCUGAUGAGUGGAAACGGAAAUACGAUGUUGCUGUUAGAGAAGCAAAAAGUGCGCUUGAGAAAGCUGCUGCUGUUCAAGACCGGUCAAACAAACAGAUGCAACAACGUGAAGAUGUUCUUAGAGCUGAAUUUGCUGGUACAUUGGCUGAUAAGGAAGCUGAAUUAAAAGAUAGGGCUUCAAAGCUUGAACAUGCCGAGCAGUGUGUAACUACUUUAGGCUUGCAACUGAAGGCUGCUGAGUCAAAGAUAAUGAACUACGAUUCCGAUAUAUCUUCAUUGAAAAGCCAACUCAAGGAGCUCGGUGAAAGGUUAGAAAAUGCGAUUGCAAAAGCUCAAUCUUACGAAAGAGAAGCAAGGAUUCUAGAGCAAGAAAAAGUUCAUUUAGAGGAAAAAUAUAAAUCCGAGUUUGCACGGUUUGAAGAAGUCCAAGAACGAUGUAGAAAUGCCGAAAGGGAAACUAAAAGAGCAACAGAGCUAGCAGAUUCCGCUCGGGCAGAAGCGGUCGCUGCUCAAAAACAGAAAAGCGAAAUCCAGCGGUUGCUAGGUGAUCGCCUGACUGACAUUGCUCGGGCAGAGAGACGUGUCGAAAACCUAGAAAGACAAACGAAAGACCUGACGGAUGAUCUGGAAACCGUCCGAGCAGCUGAAAUGGAAGCUGUAUCGAAAGUCAAAAUGCUGGAAGCAAGAGUCGGUGAAAGAGAGAAAGAGAUAGAAAGUUUACUUAAGUCAAACAACGAGCAACGUGCUAGUACUGUACAAGUCCUUGAAUCCCUUUUGGAAACCGAACGGGUGGCUCGGGCGGAAGCUAGUAACCGGGCAGAAGAGCUUUCCGUUCGACUUCAGUCCACUCAACGGGAACUUGACUCACUCCAACGGGAAAUGACAGGUGUCCGCCUUAAUGAAUCUGCGUUGGAUAACAAACUUAAAACCGCUUCACAUGGAAAACGGGUCAGGGUUGAAGAUACGGUUGGUACAGAUUCUGUUCAAGAAAUGGAUAUUGAUGAUAGAGGGAAAAAAUCAAACAAAAGGAGCAAGAGUACAACUAGUCCUUUACAGUUUGGUUCUACAGCUGAAGAUAACAGCAGUAAAGUCAACACGGAAGAUUAUACAAAGUUUACGGUUUCAAAACUUAAACAGGAGAUCACGAAUCAUAACUUUGGUGCCGAGCUGCUUCAACUAAAGAAUCCAAACAAGAAAGACAUUGUUGCACUUUAUGAAAGAUGUGUUCUUGGUAAACAGUGACUCGGGUGAGUAAGUUUCUCGAUUACAAAGUCUAGUUAUGUCACGUGUGUAGAGAACGUAGGUGAUAGGUUGAGUCGUCGUUAGGUUGAUAAAUGUGUUAAGGCGGUUUUUUUUUCCUGUAAAUGACUAAACAACUUGCUUUUGUGUGGUGUUCUGGUGACUCUUUGGUUUGUUGGUUUUGGUUUUCAGGAUCAGGUAAGGACUGAGGAGUGAUGUGAAACUGUUGGUUUGAUUCGUCUUGUUAAGUGAUAUUUAAGUAGGCAAAGGUUUAUUCAAGAAUCCGUUGUUUUUU